GCCAAUGAGCAGCAAAGAAAUUUCAUUAGUUAACAACUAUUUCAGACAUCUUCUUUCUCAUCCAAGACGUCGCAUGUAGACUACCUACCGCACUGAUCGAAGUCUGUGCGCAGGCUGGUUUCAAGAGCUUUAGAAUUUGUAUAAUAACUAUGGAUUCCUCAAAAGCUUCACUUACCAUUUCGGAUCCCUAUGAAGAUGAUGAAAAACGCAAAUACAGUCUGAGGAUCGAUUACGCCGCAAAGGUGAGUCGUGUUAUGACUUGCAUCGUCAAAGAUAUACCUGUUCAUAAUGCUGUAAAACCUCUGUGCUGAAACAUUGCCGUUUAUCUUAAAUAUCAGUGAAUUUUCGAAAUAUUGUCCAGUCUUUUCACUAAAGUCAGCUAGUUUGCUGCGAGUCUUGAGACGAGUGUCACGCAUGGCAAGGCGGAAAGUCAACAUUGCAAUUUUGCUGUUCAUCGGAUAAUUGCUUGUGUAAUGGAACGAGUUUUUAUUUGGAACAGGGGGAUGAAUACGGCAAAAUAUUUUGCUGAAGUACUUUACUUAAAAAGACGAUUAUAUCAGUAAUACAAAGCGGCAUAAGAUGGCGUAUUUCAGGCAAGCCGUCUCAAUUGUCCUAGCGGACGAGAUAAUCACGCGCGCGGCUUCCUCUUGUUUCCACGUGUGUUUCGCUCACCCGCGCGAUUCGACUAUUCCGGCAUAGCAGAAAGCUUCCUUCUUCUCCUUCGCAGUAAUGCAUUUCAGUUUAACAAGUCGACCACAAUUUUCCAUGGUAUACACUCGUAUAGACCAUAGAAAUGACGUCAUAAAAUGUUCAAAACUCAAGUGGAACCACGAGCGGCAGGUGAUUGGUUUCAUUGCAAAGUUUUGAACAUGUUAUGGAGUCAUUUCUAUGGUCUAUAAGAAUGAAGAUCAUGGAAAAUUGUGGUCGAUUUGUUUUUUACAAUAACAUUUAUUUUUACGAAAAACCAAAACCAAAACAACUGGCACUGCGUGACAUGUUACGUCAUUUCCACUCUCACAGACCAUAGCUCUCAACCAAUCAGCGCACGAGGAUUCGCUCAGUUAUUGUAAAAAAAAGUGAAAGCAUGUGUUUAAGACAUCACAAUUCAGAAACGUGCGCAUUUCAGUGAAUCACUCAACUAUGAUAUUCCAAUAUCUAGGAAAGAAUCUCUUCCCGGGAAUGGCUAUAUCAGAAGUGCACAUGUAGAACAGUAAUCGCUUGUAAUCAUAUUUGUUUGAAAAAAAUCAGUAUUUGAAACUGAUACAGCAGGACACCAUUUUAGGAACAAUGAAAUUGCUGGUUUGCAAAUAUUGACAUUCAAAAGUGUUUCUCUCCUCAGGGAAAUGAACUCUUUUUUCAUGCAAAUUCUGCAAAAAAAAAAAGAAGAAGAAGCUAAUCAUUGUUGUUUUGACCACCAACAUGGUCUUCUGGUCACUUGUCUCCAAACUAAGAAUAAGGCCAAGUUAAAAAAAGUAAAUCAACCUGAAACUUUGUUCACAUGUGCUCAAAACAAUAUCACAUCAUCAUCAUUCUAAAUAUUAAUAUCACCGUGCACGCAUUCAUGUAUCGAACAUAGACAAAAACUUGUUCUUUAAUUCUAGCCUUUACUAUUUAAGAUUUUUAACAUAAAUAAGUAUAGGUAAUAGCAUGAUUUGUAGCGAUAUUUGGCAUAAAUGCCACGAGUGAUAUUUCGAAAUUGUUAUACAAUGAAAUUGAAAUUUGAGACAAUUUUGAAAUAUCACUAGUGGUAUUUAAGCCAAAUAUCAUAUACAAAUCAUGCUAUUACCCACAAAGGUUUUGUAAUUUUCACAUGUAGGUAUUUCAAAUUAAGCUGAAAUACCACUGCUCUAAGCCAAUCAAAUUGCAGAAAUUUCCCAUGUAGUAGUAUAAUGUAGGUGAUACCAUUUAGUCACAUGGGAAUACUGAAAUAAACUUGUUGUUGGUGGUCGUAAAACUUGCCCCGUGGAAGGGAAUCUGGAUUCCGGAAUCUUGAAAAUUUUUUUUUGUUAAAUCAAAAUUCCAGGAAAUCUUUUAUUGUGGAAUCCAGAAUCCUGGGCUUUGGGAUCCGUAAUCCAGCUGAAGGAAUCCAGAAUCCCACCAACGAUUGGAAUCGUUUUCAUCACUGCUUUCAUUCUAUUUCAUCAAAUUCUUCCUUGUUUGAUCAGAAUCAUUAACUUUUCUGCUCUCUUCAUCCUCGUUCAGAUCUUCCGCGUCUUCAAAUCUGAAGCUCAAAUGCACUUUUUCACCUACUGUCUCAUGCCUAGUCAUUGUUGUUUCCUGCCGCACUGUUUUUUUGUCUUACCGCUGCACUAUAUGCCGUUUCCCAGUUUUUUAAUGCAAUAAUUUACAAUCAUUUACAGAAAAAUUUAACCGAAGGUAGGGGUGCCAUCAACGGUACUUCUUCAAGAGAUCGCCCCAUUAAAAGGAAUCCGAAUUCGGAAAUCUGGAAUCCGUGAAAAUUUUGCUUGUGGAAUCCAGAAUUUAUCCUGGGCUUUGGAAUCCAUAAUUCAGCUCAAGGAAUCCAGAAUCCCCUAACAAAUGGAAUCUAGAAUCCAGUUUCCACUAACAAAGACUGGAAUGCAGUACCUCAAUCCGGAAUCCAUGGCUCGGAAUCUAGACUCCAAGACUGUCUUGAAUUCCCUGUACAUGGGGCGAAAGAGGGAAAGUUGUGUUGGGCUUGGGGUACCAGGUCUCUGCCUGGUGUGAUAAUAUGUAUGUGAAGUAUGUAAGGCACGUUUUACGGUCUCCUUCAUGUGAGUUGCACCGAAAGACUUCAAGCUUCGACAAGUUUACUUUUCUUCGAGUGGACGAAGAAACACGAAAACCACGAAAAACCGAAAACCACAUCGGACAAUAUAUCCGAAAAUCUGCUUGUAUUUCUGCUUACCAAGAACCGAGAACCGGGUGCUAAAAAAGGAAAACCGCGAACCGCAAGGAACACCAAACCCGGAGAACCGAAGCAUGCAAAAACCGAAAAACUGGCUUUAAAAAGGUGGCUAAAACCGAAACUCCCAACGCCUCCCUUAGUAAGGAGAAAUUUUGUAAUGAGUGAAUCAGGCAACGUUAAAGUAAAUCAGCCAGAUUUUCUCGUGAAAGUUGGAAACAUGCUCGACAUGGUUGGGAUCCCCGCUGUUAUAAUGAUCUUAUGAGAUAAGCAACUAAAAAUGAGAUUAUUCAAUUUUUUUUCUUCUCAGUUUUAUACGUUGAUAGCAUCUCGGCGAGGAUUGAAACCAGUUCUCGCGACAAACUCGGUACAAACGUUUAUACGUGUACCAGCUUUAACUAGGACAUCGAUUAAGAGUUUUUAAAAUUUCUUUCAGUGUAAAAUGGGAAGGCCCUGCGGACUGAGCAAGAAACGGUUGUUAUUAGUUAUGGUAAGUUCUUUUUAAAGUUCUGAAAAGUGUCAAUGGAAAACAAGAGUCAAAGACUUAGCCUUUUCUGUAGAGGAUGUUUUAAAAAGGUGCGAAGUACUGCUCAAUAGCUUUUAUCUGAAUGUUCACACUACUUAUCCUUGUCCACAAAGUGAGUCCACGUUAUACAAUCUAAUAAACAGUACAACAGUACCACAGGAAAGUACUGUUCUAGUUCAAGUCUAGUUUUUUUCGAAUGGUCCCAAUUUAGAAUGUCAUCCAGUUUUGAGAAUAAGAACCGCUUUAUACAGCAAAAAAAAAAAAACUUGCAAAAGUAAUAGAAAUUUGAUUUUUUUAUUGCUUUUUUCGUUUGAAUCUGAUAAAAUGCGGCAUCCAAUUUUGUAUGGACAAAAAUAUGCGGUUCCUGUAAAAACCUCUAACGAUUAUUGAAGCAAUGGGUUUCCUCCUUUCUUGAUAUACAUGCUCUGUCAGAUUAGAAGCAUAGUUAACGUGCCAUGUUCUUUAGACCUAACUGAAUCUGGUGUAUAGUAUUAACAGGAAGUUGUCCAGCAAAUAAAUGUAUCUCGAUUCCUUUGCAGGCUGCCAUUAUUGUUAUUUUGGUGGUUAUAAUAUUUUUGGUGGUGUUCUUGGUUAAAAAUAAACCAAAGAAAGGUAAGUUCAGGCGGAGCUUGAUGGCAACGCGCCUAGCGAUCAGCUGCAGGUCAACUCGAGUUUAUCAGGAGUAAAGCUCUGGGCUCGAGGUCCGGUUCAAGGGCGAUGUUAUGCAACUGCUGCAGAGACGUUUUUAGGGCAACAAUGUUGGAACAGUAUUAUAAUGAUUUGAAGCAAUGUCGAACAAUGUUCAGGGGCGGACGGGGGAUUUUUUGAUAGAGGAUGCCUAGAGAUACAGUGUACAGUGGCAAUAUGGGCGCGAUAUCGCCCAACAGGACCGCGAACGGCGCACUUUUCUUGAGGGAAUUUCUAGCGCAUGCUCCUCCGGGAACAUUUUUGAGAUUGAAGUUCUCUGAGAGGCAAUCUAGUGCAUUUUAGCAAAUGCCAUCCGACAAUUGUUGCAACGCUGUGUUGCGCUGAAAAUUGUUCCUGCGAAUUGUAGCGUGUAACAUCGCCUUGGCCGCGUUGUUUCGAAUUUUUACAGCAUUGUUGCCCCAACAGACCAGUGCUUUUUUUGGAGGUAUUAUUACUGUAAACGUUUAGCAACGAACUUUCCACUUUGGCAACAAGAUUUGUCAGUAGCUGUUUUGUUUAUUUGUUUGUUUGUUUGUUUGUUUUCAGGCGGAGCAUUACCAGAGUCUGGACCUGCAACACAGUGCAAUGAGGAAAGGUAACUUUUGUUAUCAUUAAGCUGAUUUUUCUUGCUUUAUCUGCUAAAGAUCAAUUAGCUUAUUAGCCUGCGAGCAAGCCCUCCCCUGCUCUCUUGCGGCCCCACCGCCAGAGCGCUGCGGAGAACUAGCCCGUGUACAGACUCCGCCUCGAUUUUUCCUGAGGGGAGGGGGAAGGGAGUCUGUACACAGUCUACAGAUUAACUUGAAUAUCGACACCAAACCUACAUUCAGAUUUAUGUCAUCUUAGAUAACGACUUCGCGUGUGCCGAUCUGCUGGGAAGUAAUAAGUAAUUGACUCGAAAAAUCACUUUGUUUAUAAGCUGCAAAAUACUCAGCUCGUUUCAGAUUAACAGUAAGUUUUAGUCUCCUUUUAUAAUUUCAUGUGUUUAUCCAUUGUCGUCUAUAACCAGAUCAACCAAAUAUCCAGUCAUUCUGAUUUCAAUGGAUGGAUUUCGACCUGACUACCUGGAAAGAAAUAUCACUCCCAACAUUAAUUACCUUGGUAAGAAAUUUUCUUGAGUAUGUAAGAUGUUUGAUUUUGCUGCCUCGUUUGCCUUUUUAUAUACUGUCGAUAAAAGACCGUUGCUCCUUUUCUUAGACCAGUAAACCGCUUAGAAAAUAAUGACAUUAAGCCAUUUCCGAGCUCCAAAAACUCUCACUUUCAAAACCAGGCUAAAUGCAAAGAAGAAGAAUUUUAUUUGCGUGAGAAUUAAAACAAUUAUUAUAUCAAUGGCUUCGCAAUUCGCCUCGCUUUGAAACAGAGGCUGGGGUAACCCGGAAAUGUCCUACACGUAUUUGAUCGUCAGCAUCUUACUUCAGCGGAAACUUAGCAAAUAACAUUAAUACAUUUUGGAGGAAUAUUUGAGUGCCGAUGUUUGCUUACUUCUUAAGACGUUUUUGUUUUCGUAAUAACAGCUAAAAACGGUGUGAGGGCGCAAUUUCUACUGCCUCAGUUCCCGACGAAAACAUUUCCAAACCAUUACUCAAUGGCAACGGUGAGUUAUUCAAAUCAACAGCGUCAAAGUUUCUUUAGAACCCUUCCAGUAGUUCUAUAGGCAUUAUAAACCUUACUAAAUUAUAAAUAUUUCUUAAGGUUUGAUUAGGAAAGAUCCAUUCUUGACCUAAGAAUUCGGAUUUGUGUUAUUUUCUCCUAGAAAUGUGUGGGAGGUCAAAUUCAACAAUCUUAAGCUACAGUAAAACGGGCAACAAAGAACGCGCAACUUGUUUUGCAACAUUGCUGUAAAACGAGUUGAAUAGCAAUAGCCGUAUUUAUACUCGAGGACGUCUAAGUCGUCUAAGACCCUGUUUGCAUGGAGUGGGGGACCCCGGUCUAGUGGGGUUGGUUUCUUUUGUUUUCACGCUCUGGGGGACACAAAUCCCCCACUCCAUGCAAACAGGGUCUUAGACGACUUAGACGUCUAGUAUAAAUACGGGAAAUAAGGCAGACGCAUUAAACGUCAGACGAAUAAAACGUCUGAAGUUAAGCGCGUCCGAUCGACGCCCUUAACAGAUGAAUUAGUCGUCUGAGACGUUUAAGACGUCUUAGACGACUUAGACGUCUAGUAUAAAUACGGGAAAUAAGGCAGACGCAUUAAACGUCAGACAAAUAAAACGUGUGAAGUUAAGCGCGUCCGAUCGACGCCCUUAACAGAUGAAUUAGUCGUCUCAGACGUUUAAGACGCCUAGUAUAAAAUCGGGACGCACUUAACAGUCAGACGUUUAAUGCGCCUGGACGUCUUCUAAUGUAAAUACGGCCAAUGUUGGGGGUUUUUGAAUUACCAUCCACGUUUGAACCAAGAUGCACGUCUUUUUGUUGUCCGUUUAACCGUACUUUUAAACACUUUCACUUGUAAUGGUGGGAAAAGAUAAAACAAAUCACGCAAAAAAAUCAAAUUUAUUUUUUUAAGUGAAAUCUUAAGGUUUAAAAAGUACUAUAUACACUAUGUAAAAGUUCUUCUCAAACUCAUGAUAAUUCAUAAAGAAAAUAUAGAGGAAAUUAAUGUUUAAAAAGUGUUUGGAAAACAGAUGGAAAAACUGCUCAUUUUUGUAUCCUUAAUUUCUCCUUCUAAAAUCAUUUUGUUUGAGAAGUAAUAUCGAGCAUUCGACACAGCGUUUCAUCACCAGAUGAAACACCUCGAAGUUGGUCAAAAAUACACCGCUACGCGUCGUAAUUACAACUCUCUUCUCAUGCUUGAUAAUUAGUUCAAAAGAGGUUUCAUUUAAAUGGUAACAUGGUAGGAUUUUGCUCACAGAUUUAAAAAUUAGAAGGACAAAUAAUCCCGCCCAAAUCUUUAAAUGCUUACACCCCUCGUAUUCUAACCAUUUUCAUUUUUUAUCAACAGGGUCUCUUUCCAGCGCAUAGCGGUAUUGUAGCUAACAAAUUUGUAGACAGCGCGCUUAAUGGUAGUUUUAGCUACGGUUCACCGGCAUCUGCAGAUCCUAUGUUAUGGUGGAAAGGCGAACCUGUGAGUAGAAAAUAUUAAACUGAUUCAUGUGGGCAUUAUUUACUCAAGGGCUGAUGGUUUAACUCGAUAAGAUUAACCCACCACCUGCCAAAAUUGUCGAUGGUAUUCAGUACAGUUCCAGGGAUUAGGGGGUGGUCUCGGGUUCAAUUGUAGCUGGAAAAUGAGGUUAUUUGAGAAUCGAAUAAUCAUCGUCUACAUCUUCAUCAUCACCAUCAUCACCCCAAACUAACUGACGUAUAAUUCGAUCCAAUGAAAUCUCAGAGACAUUUAGAAGUCAAACUGCUGAAAUAUAUAAGAAACGAGGCAUUGAAACGUAGCACCCUCUUAAUUAUAGUAAUAUUA